UCACCUUUGCCUGCCCAAGUCUUCCCAGCCUUGCUCUGUCGGUGUGGUGCUCGUGUUUCCGCACCUCGUCGCGGAGAGUCGCUGCCGAGUGGGCGCUCGGUGUUCGGUUCGCCAUGGCUGGUUAUGAAUACGUGAGCCCGGAGCAGCUGGCUGGCUUUGAUAAGUAUAAGUACAGUGCUAUGGAUACCAAUCCACUCUCUCUGUAUGUCAUGCACCCAUUUUGGAAUACUAUAGUAAAGGUAUUUCCUACUUGGCUGGCUCCAAAUCUGAUAACCUUCUCUGGCUUUCUGCUGGUCGUGUUCAAUUUCCUACUCAUGGCAUAUUUUGAUCCUGACUUCUAUGCUUCAGCGCCGGGUCACAAGCAUGUACCCGAUUGGGUUUGGAUUGUAGUGGGGAUCCUCAACUUCAUAGCCUACACUCUAGAUGGUGUGGAUGGAAAGCAAGCCCGGAGAACCAAUUCCAGCACCCCUUUAGGGGAGCUUUUUGACCAUGGCCUUGAUAGUUGGUCAUGUGUUUACUUUGUUGUGACUGUGUAUUCCAUCUUUGGACGAGGACCAUCUGGCGUCAGUGUUUUUGUUCUUUAUCUCCUACUAUGGGUGGUUUUGUUUUCGUUCAUCCUCUCCCACUGGGAAAAGUAUAAUACAGGGAUUCUUUUCCUGCCUUGGGGAUAUGACAUUAGCCAGGUGACUAUAUCUUUUGUCUACAUAGUGACUGCGAUUGUGGGAGUUGAGGCCUGGUAUGAACCUUUCCUGUUUAAUUUCUUAUAUAGAGACCUAUUCACUGCAAUGAUUAUUGGCUGUGCGUUAUGUGUGACUCUCCCGAUGAGUUUAUUGAACUUUUUCAGAAGCUAUAAAAAUAACACCCUGAAACACAAUUCAGUCUAUGAAGCUAUGGUUCCCUUUUUUUCUCCAUGUUUGCUAUUCAUUUUGUCUACAGCGUGGAUCCUUCAGUCACCUUCAGAUAUUUUAGAGAUACAUCCUAGAAUAUUCUACUUUAUGGUUGGAACAGCCUUUGCCAAUAUCACAUGUCAGCUGAUUGUCUGUCAAAUGAGCAGUACCCGGUGCCCAACUUUGAAUUGGUUGCUGGUUCCUCUUUUCUUGGUUGUCCUGGUCGUGAACUUAGGAGUAGCCUCUAGCAUUGAGAGCGUUCUUCUGUAUACCUUAACAACUGUUUUCACUCUGGCCCACAUCCACUAUGGAGUACGAGUGGUCAAGCAGCUGAGCAGUCAUUUUCAGAUUUAUCCCUUCUCAUUGCGGAAACCAAACUCGGAUUGACUAGGAAUGGAAGAAAGGAGUAUUGGCCUGUAAUCUACAGAAGGAAGUACUGUAAAUAAGAUGCUUGUAAAUAUUUCAUCCAUCACCAUUGAACUAAACUGAUCUACUUAACAGACAUGGGAACUGAGUGUGUAUAGUACUUGGACAGCAGGAGUGAUAUGAAUGAUCUGAACUUACGGAAUUUUGGACCUACUAACUCCCAUCUUACUUUUUAUAAAACCAUGUGGCUUUUUGGUUAGGCAAAAUGUACUUUAGACCAGCAAAUUGUUUUAGUGAUUUUAGCUUCAUGAGUCCAUAAUGUUUUGGUUCCUACAGAGUUAAAGAUGCUUUGUUUUUACUUUUGAAGCCCCAAGAUCGGUUUAGGAACACUGAUAGCGUUAAGAAAACCACAAAAUGUUUUCACAUUUGAUACUGCUUCACUAGUAGGUCCUUAGCUGUGGAAGUUAUCGGUAGUCCAGUACUAAUAUAGGGAGAGGAUGAGGGCAAGGCACUGUUAGCCGGAGAUGCCAAAUGAUUACAGAGCAAUGUGCGGUUGCCAAAUACUGGUUUCUC